UAGUCUAGCAGACGUGUGUGAAUUUUGACAACACGUGGUUUGAUCGUGAAACAACACGAACCAUGCGUUUCUCUUACAAAUUUUCCCAGUUAUUGGGAACAGUUUAUCGAAAAGGAAAUAUAAUAUUUUCACAAAAUGGUGACAGUGUUCUCGCACCAGUGGGCAACAAAAUAUCAAUCUACGACCUGAAAAACAAUAAAUCAGAGACUCUGCCGAUUGAGAGUCGAUUCAAUUAUACAGCCAUCGCAUUGUCACCUAACGGUGUAAUUUUGAUAGCUAUUAACGAAGAUGGUGAGGCGGAUGUAAUCAGUCUUCUCAACAAGAUCAUCAUUCACAAAUUUCGCUUCAAUCGCCCAAUAUUGGCUGUAAAGUUCAGUCCAAAUGGCAAGUUUUUUGCACUCACAAAAGAAAAUGAUUUAUUGGUCUAUCAUUCUCCCGGAACAAAAAGAGAAUACAAUCCCUUUGUGUUGGAAAGGACAUUUCAUGGUUUUUUUGAUGAAACAACCUGCCUUGAUUGGUCCUCAGACUCAAGAUUCCUGAUAGUUGGAUCCAAAGAUAUGUCUGCACGGGUUUUUUCGAUACAAAGAAUUUUGCAUUUCAAGAAAUUCCUUUUGGGUGGCCAUACUGAUGCUGUUGUUGGUUGUUUCUUUGAACGGGAUUCCAUGGAUGCUUACACAGUUGCCAAAAAUGGAUCAGUGUCAAUUUGGGAGUUCAGCCAUGACAUAGAUAGUCUAAAAAAAGAUGGAGAGCUUCCUGAGAAAAAGGCUUCCGAAACUGAAGGUGCUGAACAAAUGGAAGAAGAAGACCUUGAAGAAGGUGAUGAUCCUACAGAUUCUAAGAGCAAAUCAAAGGAGGAUGAAAAAGAAGAAAAGGAAAAUUAUUUCUACAAGCGAUUGGCCAGGCACUUUGUUUCAGACACAUUCAAAGGAGAGAAAGGAGUUUCAAUGUUCAACAUCACUCUGACUUCUGCUGCUUAUAUGCCGUCCACCAAAUUGCUAGUCACGGGUUAUAGCCACGGCGCCUUUUUGUUGCAUGAGAUGCCUGAAGUCAACCUCAUCCAUUCAUUGAAAAUAUCCAAUCAGCAUAUCAGCUCUAUUGCCAUCAAUCCGACUGGAGACUGGAUCGCUCUCGGCUGUGCUGAUAUGGGCCAGCUUUUGGUCUGGGAAUGGCAGAGUGAAACUUAUGUUAUGAAACAGCAGGGACAUUUUGACACGAUGAGCGCAGUUGCCUAUUCCCCGGAUGGAUCAUACUUGGCUACUGGAGGUCGAGAUUCCAAAGUUAAAGUGUGGGAUACCAAUACUGGUUUUUCGUUUGUGACGUUUACCGAACACACAUCGACGAUCACGGGUGUUGCAUUUACUCAGACGGGUCGAGCACUGCUGUCAUCUUCGCUGGAUGGUACAGUCAGAGCGUUCGAUAUGGCUAGAUACAGAAAUUUUCGAACAUUUACGUCGCCCAAACCUGCACAGUUUUCCUGUUUGUCUAUUGACGUUAGCGGUGACUUGGUCGCAGCUGGUGCACAGGACACAUUUGACGUCUAUCUGUGGUCACUUCAAACAGGCAAAUUGCUGGAAGUGUUGAGCGGUCAUGAAGGACCAGUGAGCAGUUUGUGUUUCAGUCCUAGUCCCUCAAGCAGUCUGUUGGUGAGUGUGUCAUGGGACAAAACGUUGCGAAUCUGGGAUGCCGUUUCUUCGGCCGCGUCGCUUACUCGCGAGACUGUCAACUUGACUUCAGAUGGAUUAGCAGUUUGCUUCCGACCUGACGGAAAACAAGUGGCUGUGGCAACGUUAGAUGGACACAUAUCCAUCUUUGAUCCACUGCAGGCGACUCAAUUGCUAACGAUUGAAGGACGCAAUGAUUUAGGCAGUGGGAAAUCUGACACUGAUUCUGUUACUGCAAAGAAAAAUUUGCAGGGGAAAGCGUUCAAUACCCUUUGUUACACGGCCGAUGGCGAAUGCUUGCUAGCGGCUGGGCAAUCUAAAAACAUUUGCAUCUAUCAGGUGAUGGAAAAGAUUCUGGUUAAAAAGUACGAAAUUACACAAAAUCGUUCACUGGAUGGGAUGGACGAUAUCAUCAAUCGUAAGAAAAUGACUGAAUUUGGCAAUAUGGCUUUGGUUGAAGAACGUGAAGAUCGUCACAACGGCCCGGUUGCUCUGCGUCUUCCUGGUGUCCGUUCAGGAGACAUGGCCUCACGAUCCUUCAAACCAGAAGUCCGUGUUUCACAGUUACAGUUUUCGCCAAAUGGGCGGGCUUUUGCUGCCACAACCACAGAAGGACUACUUGUCUAUUCUCUCGAUACCAACCUCGUCUUUGAGCCUUUUGAUUUAUCAGAAGACAUCACUCCAAAGACCAUCCGGAACGCCCUAAAAUCUAAGGACUAUAGCCGCUCGUUUGUUAUGGCCCUGAAACUCAAUGAGGCUAAAUUAACGAGAGAGGUGUAUGAAACGAUACCGCCUGAUUCAAUUGCCAUUGUAGUCCAAACGCUGCCCUCUUCGUAUGUCGAACGCGUCCUAGGAUUCAUUGUCAAUCAAAUGGACACCACACCUCAUAUCGAGUUCCACCUCAAGUGGAUGGUUGCCAUCUUCUACGAACAUGGUACCAUCCUGCAGCAAAGGACACCUUCCACUGUGUCUGUCCUUCGCUCGAUCCAGAAGACAGUGGGUCGCAAAUUCGAGGAUCUUUCCAAGAUCUGCCAACACAAUCGUUACACUCUUCAGUACCUUUUAGCCCUAGGUGGUACCGCCCAAAAGCGAACAGUGGGUAGUAUAAUGAGCAUCGAAGAUGGGGAUGAAGAAGAUUCAGAUGAGGAUGAAGGAAUGGAUGAAGAAAUGGAAACGUAAAAAUCGACAAAUGCAUCGCGUUUAAAACAGAGUUUCAAAAUAAAACGAAAAGAGUAACGUCACA